CCAAGAACGGAGCUCGCAUUUUCAUUCGAUUCCUCUCCGAGCAGAGCAAGCAGAGCGCGCGCGCAUCCAAGAGAGCCCAGCCAACGUCGCCGGCGAGAUGGACCUCCUCGAGCAGCCUCUCGAGGCCGUCGCCUUCCGCCUUUACUCGCUCCCGGAGGCUGCGGCCGCAGGCGCCGCGGCGUGGACCUGCCUCGCCGCCGUCCUCGCCGCGGCCGCCGCCGCCGGCAUCUGGCGCCUCCGGGCGGCUACGCCAGCUGCGAUGAUUAGUGGUGAUACCUCUUUUGGAGAGGAUCGUUUGGGAAGGGAUACAUCGUCUUCGGCGGCGGCGGCGACGACGACGUCCGAGCGGGCGAGGUCGUCGGAGAGGCCGCCGGAGCCGCUGGCCUCGUCGUCGCCCUCGCCGAAGGAGAGGUACACGGCGUACUACCGCGACAGCUGCUGCGUCGGGUGCUGUGACCUGGACGACGAGGAGGUGGUCGAAGAGGAGGAGGAGGAGGAGGAGGACGAUGACGACUGCGGCAUGGACGGGCCACCGUCGGAGACGAUGCCGUUCGAGUGGGAGAUCGUGAGGUCUCUGCCCCUCAGCCCGACAGCGUCGGCGGAGGUGUGCCGGUACAGGGACACGGCGCCGCUCGGCGGCAGCGUCGUGCGGCUGUGGGAUCAGGCAGCCGGCGGGAGCUUAACGGCGGCGAGCCCGAGGCGGAGGGGACGACCCGGCGGCGUAGUCCCGGCCUUCUGAGCACCCAAAAGGAGCAAUAAAAAUCAUAUCUUUAUCGGCUGUAGUAGUUUUGUUUUGUAGCUUCAAACAGUUCAGCAAUGUACAUAUAGCUCCUCAUCCUGGCCAGCAAGCAGUCGCAUCCAUCCUUGAAUUUGCGCAAAUUUGCAGGCUCCCAACUCCAAAAUCGGCGCAAUUUCAUCUCAAUUCCGCACAUCAGUAGGUGAAACCAAACGCAUCUUGUUCUUCACCCUCACGGCCGACUUGCCGAUGAUGGUGAAACGCUCUCGACGAUACGUUUCUUGGCAGCCACAAACACUCCAAUUCACUCACACUCUGAAGCCUGGACACGCAAGUUUACCCAGCGUGCUUCACCUA